ACUACUAGUACUAGUAGUAGUAGAAGUAGAUCUACCCGUAGCUGAUCUAUGCGCCGAUGAUGACACACGUCGACUGUCGUGGGCGACACAAAGCGGGGGUUGUCGACAGCCCAUUGUCCCAUACUAGGCGUUGGCGUUGGCCAGAUCCUUGGUCAACAUCGGGUACAGAUGUGGAAACCGUCGCAUCGGAUGCCGAGUGCUCAUGGAAUCUCACCCCCGGAACCUGACAUGAGCUGAGGCAGUUUGAAGUGUUGGUGAAACUCUGGAGUAGGGCUUGAGCAGAAUCCCCGCGCUGCAAUGGAGGUGGUGUUCGCGAAUGUCGCUCUCAAAUUCCUAUUUCUAGGUUUGCUGUCGUCGACAUGUCGUGGAGUGGCUACGUAUAGGCAAUGCCCGACGUCACCGCUGGACGGUGUGGAGAUGGGCGUUGAGCUCGACGCGCCUCUAGACUGGUACCAGGCGCAGCGGCGUUGUCGUGACGACGGUGGUCACCUGGCAACGGUGAGCACCGGCGAAGAUCUGGCGUGCGCAUGCAACGCCCUGAUGGGAUCUAGCUGCACCGUGUCCAGCCGCGUUCACGUGGGCAUGAACAGCUUCGACAAGCUCGGCACGUUUCGUUGGCCCGCCAGCGGUAAUGCGUUGCAGCCGCACGCAGUCAACGCAACCGGCAGUAACCUUGUGCGGUGGAUCACUGGCACGCCAUCGUCGUCCGCAGACAGCCGCUGCGGCUUCUGGGAGUCUCUCGUAAGCGGCACGGGCAUUGGCAACGGAGUAUGCACGCAGCCUUUGCCGUACUUAUGUCAGCGGAAUAGACCUCGCACGCGGAUUCGAGGCGGGUUCGACGCAAUCUUGCCUGCAUGCAAUGACCGCAGUUUCUACUAUCGAUCCCUCGGCCUGACCCGCAACGAAUCGGCCGAGUUCUGCCAGGCGAACCGCGGCAUGUUGGCCCGCAGCAGUGCUGCAAACGACGUCUGCAUUCUGCGGCUGCUCAGAAGCCUUGGUAGACCGCAGCUGCCAAUCUGGACGAGGCGGGGUUGCGACGUCAACACAGGCGCUGCCAUUCUCACGGAUGAUUGUCUGAUUAGGCCGGAUGGCGAUACAGGGACCACCCGCCACCCGGAGUUCGGGCAGAGCGAGCCUCGACCGUUCGUCUGCGAAAUGUACCCGGACUGCACUGGCAACACGCAUGACUGCCAUGCGCAGGCGUAUUGCUCACAGCUACCCGGACAGGAGUAUCAGUGUACGUGUACGGUGGGAUUCACCGGCGACGGGCGAACAUGUGUUGAAAUUCCCGGUACCACGCCCAUGACGGAGCAAGCUGCGGCUACAACCAUGCGAGGAACAGACUCUGCCGGAGCUGGUGGCGUUGCGACAAUGGGUGGCCUACCCGCGAGCAGCACGGUCGCGGGCGGUGGCGACGAAGACGAGGAUCCGUCCAGCGCGUCUUCGUCGAUGAUCCCGGUGUUCGCCGGCAUUGCCGCUGGUGUGCUGCUGCUUCUCUUCCUAUCGGUGGUGAUAGCUGUGGUAGUGCGACGACGGCGACGACGGCUCUCCAAAGACACGAAUGGCGGUAACUCAGGUGCAGGCAGCUCCAACGACCGUCAGACGCUCGGCAAUUCUGCCUAUGAUUCUCUGGACGGAAAGACGGAGCCGCCAGCCUUCGACAACCUGCGUUACCAUGGUGAUAUUUCGAAAGCACCCCUGCCAGCAUCUCCACCACCCAAGAGCCCGUCGACCACCGAUGAGAGAGAGGCAGUGUAUGAGGUGGCAAAGUCUCCCGAGCCGGUCUAUGAGAAAUGUGACAAGAAACCCGACAGCGUACCUGUGAACCAUCCAAAUAUAUACAACGUGCUGCACGGGGAUGUGGUGAUUGGCAGAAAUGGUGCUCAGCCUGGUGACGAUGGGCCGCCUAUUUCGCAGCCUGGACAGCCUCGUCCCAAUUCGGAGCAUUACCACAAACUCCAGCACACCGGUGAAGAACGCACGUCAGCAGAAGGCAACACAAUGUAUGACAGUGUUCCCGUCAAGGCGGCCAUGAGCAGAUAAACACAUCGAGAGAGAGAGAGAGAGAGAGAGAGAGAGAGAGAGAGAGAGAGAGAGAGAGAGAGAGAGAGAGAGAGAGAGAGAGAGAGAGAGAGAGAGAGAGAGAGAGAGAGAGAGAGAGAGAGAGAGAGAGAGAGAGAGAGAGAGAGAGAGAGAGAGAGAGAGCAGAUUGACUAAUGCCUUGAUCCACCACAUGCACCGCACAUGCCUCUCAGUAACAACUGUAGCACUUUCAUCUGAUAUCUCGCUCCAUAGGAGCAUUGAGAGUGAACAAAAAUGCAUAGGAAGGGGCAGGGGUAUGCUGAUGAGCUGGGAGCGCCUCGUUUGACGAGCAGUCUCAGAAUCAUGCAGCGGCAGCCACCGGCAGUCAGGCACCGAGAAGAUGCCUGUCCUGCACGCCCUCGUGCAUACGCCGAGCAAACACCUCCUGGACCAGACUCUCGUAAGAGCACGGAUGCGCACGACCACACGGCAAGCACGUAGAAAUCUCCGCGAGCAGAAAGUUCACACAUCUCCACAGGACGCACGGGAGUGGAACUGAAAUGUGUGUGUGUGCGUGCGUGUGUGUGUGUGUGUGCGGUCACUGGUCCUGUACAUUACCGCGACUCCAAGUCAUCAUUCGUUUGCAUUUCAUUUAAAACGGCCACGUGUUAGACUGACGACUGCAUGCACAGCGCUGUGUCAAUAUAAAACAUGCCGAAUUACAUGUCUGACAGCUAGCUGGCUGUGCUUACAAGCCUGCAUGCAUUCCAGUCCUGUACAAGUUCAAAAUGAGCUUUACACAUAUGUAUUAGAUGCACGCUAAUUUGCGCUGCUCUUUUUUUCACAAUACCUUCCAUGUUUAUUUUGUAAUUGAUGAUACGUACAAUGUGCCCAGUCUAGUGAAUCCAUACAUGAUGCAAUGACAUUGGAAUAGUUUUAAAUAUUUUA